AUGACAAGAUCAACAGUCUCAUGAUUUCCAAAGACGAGUUUAUGCCUGAUAAAGUAAAAACCGAAACCAUCAAACUGACGUCCUGCAGCAGAGACCUGGAGGUUUGUUAUUAAAUAAAAAGUAUGCUCGUAACUCCACCUCUGUUUGAACACUGUGUGUGUUCAUCAGGUGUGGUGGCUGCUGCAGGUAAAACAGUUGAAGAUGGUCGACUGAACAAAAAGUUGUAAGAACUAAGAUGUAAGAAGAAGAAACUUCUGGAUAAACUUAUCAAGAACUCUUCAUCCUCCUCAUCAUGCCUUCCCUCCACCAGUCAUCAAAUUCUCCUUUAGCCAUACGUAAUGCCCCAUCCCGGAUGGGAGCUGACAAGGUCAACAGUCACCAUGUCUCCACCACCUCCACCCCCACUAACACCUCCGUCAGCCCUGCUACAAACUUCUUUGAUGACCUGCUGAGCCACAUCCCCUUGCCACGAUGGGCGAUCUACAUCAUCUUGGUGGCAGCUGGCCUGCUGAUUCUGCUUUGCUGUCUGUGUGUCUGCAUCAAGUGCUGUUGCAGACAGAAGAAGAGGAAGCAGAAGAAGGAGCAGAUCAAUCUGAAGGCUGUGGAUGGAAAAACAGCCACAGCUCUGGUGCAGCCAGAUGUGGGGGACGUUGACUACGGCUCCACCAAACAGCAGAGAGGAAAGCUGCUCUAUGCUCUGGAAUACAACACUGCUCAGUCUGAGCUCACAGUCGGGAUCAAACAAGCAAACAGCCUGAAAGCCAUGGACCUGGGAAGGAGCUCCGACCCGUACGUCAAAGUCUACAUCCUCCCGGAAAAGUCCAAAACAUACGAGACCAAAGUGUUCAAAAACACACUGAACCCUGUCUUCAAUGAGCAGUUCACCUUUCAGGUAUCCAAAUCUUCCCUCCUGACUUCAACGGUGGUGAUGAAGGUUUUCGACUUCAACCGAUUCACCAAACAUGAGAUCAUUGGCGAGCUCAGGGUGCAGCUCAGCAGUGUGGACUGGAACCACGUCAUGGAGGAGUGGCAGGACCUGGCUGAGCCCGCCAAAUACGAGGAGGAGAACUUGGGGGACAUCUGUUUCUCCCUGCGCUACGUUCCCACCGCCAGCAAACUGACGGUGGUGAUCCUGGAGGCUAAAAACCUGAAGAGCAUGGACUUUGGAGGAAGCUCAGAUCCAUAUGUGAAGGUGCAGCUGGCUCUGGACAAGAGGAAGUGGAAGAAAAGGACGACGUCUGUUAAAAAGAAAACGUUGAAUCCUUAUUUCAAUGAGUCUUUUACCUUUGAUGUGUCGUUUGAACAAAUACAGAGGGUGAAUCUGGUGAUCUCGGUGUGGGACCAUGAUGCCAUGACCAGAAAUGACGCCAUCGGAAAGGUGUUCCUGGGCUGCGACGCCACAGGGAACCAGCUGAGGCACUGGGCUGACAUGUUGUCCAAUCCACGGCGGCCAAUCGCUCAGUGGCACAGCCUGCUGCUGAGUGAGCAGGUCAACUCCACGCUGGCCCUGAAAAGGAAGCUUCCCAUUUCAAACAAACUGAAGGAAACCACUCAGCUCUUUGAAAAACAUUUCAGAUAGACCAUAAAAAAAUCAUACAUACACACAUAUAUAUAUAUAUAUAUAUAGACGUGGACAAAAUUGUUGGUACCCUUUGGUUAAUGAAAGAAAAACUCA